AUGCGCCUCCUCAAUGUGAAAACACUCAAGCUGGAGUAUUUCUAUGGAUCAGUUCCCGCAUAUGCUAUUCUGUCGCAUACGUGGGGAGCUGAUGACGAGGAAUUGUCAUUCGACGAUAUUGAAGAUGGACGUCUCCAAAAAGGAGCUACUAUGCCUUACAAGGUCGCAAAGUGUUGUGCACAGGCAGAGAAGGAUGGCCUCAAUUACGCAUGGGUUGACACUUGUUGCAUCAUAAAGGUUGACCCUACAGAGCUCGGUGAAGCCAUCAAUUCCAUGCUUCGAUGGUACAACGAAGCAGCUAUUUGCUAUGCCUACCUGGCAGAUGUCAGCUCUGGAGAGAAUGGGCGUUUCCCGUUGACUCAAUUCUGCUCCUGUCGCUGGUUCAAAAGAGGCUGGAGGUUGCAAGAGCUACUGGCACCUGAUAACCUUCGCUUUUAUGAUUCUCGCUGGCACUACCUUGGAACAAAAGCAACCAGGUCAAGCACGAUCGAGCGAAGAAUAGAAAUUCCGCGUCGCUUUUUGCAAGGGACGGUGCUGAGUGAAGCAAGUAAACAAAAACGGGAGGAAGACAUCGCAUAUUGUCUUCUUGGGAUAUUUGAUGUAACAAUGCCAAUGGUCUACGGCGAGGGUAGCUAUCGUGCGUUCACUCGCUUGCAGCAAGAGAUAAUGAGAAAGUCGAGGGGUGAAUCUAUGCUAGCUUGGGGCUUUCAAGCCACUGAACAGAAAGCGGCCGAUUCGAAAAGUACCAGCAUAUCUGCAGGUGUCCUGGAAGCAUCCCCGGCCGACUUCAUGAAUUGUGGAGAUAUUGUCCCACAAAAGAAAAAAGCUAGCUUUCUGACCGCAGUUACAUUCGAUGGCGGAUACGUCCGUAUUAGUCUCUCUCUCUUCUCAGCAUUAUCUGGUGAGCAGGAUACACCCCUUGCUAGUGAUACGCCCUCUGACAGGUACCUUAGGCCGCAAGGGCGUUGUUCAAGCUUGUUUCCAGCGCAAGAAUCCGGUGCCCCAACUCAGCCUGUGUUUAUUCAGACCGAGCGGCAGAAGAACACAUCCACGGACCCCAGUCCAUCAAAAUACUUCUUCCUUGACGAUCCUGUUGAGAUAGGGUUGGAGUUGAUUGAGGUUGAACCGCCAGAAUGUUGGUUGAAGGAACAUGCUCUUAUUGCAACAUCGAGCGACCCUAAUGUCGAUAGUAAUCGAGCCCAUGAUUUCCUGGUACUUCUAGAGUUCCAAGCGAAGAGAUCGCAAUUCCAGGCUCGAUGCCACAUGAUGACAUCCGCCAGAAAUACGCCCUUGGCGGACUUAGCCCAGAGCGCUGGUCGCUUAAGGCAAGAUGCAUUCGGCAAAAGAAGCGCCAGCGACGGUACGCUUAGUAUCCAGGCAAGCGUGGAACGUGAUAGUCUGCAGAAGAUAUUUGUGUUGAAACUGGCCACAAUGGCAAGUCCACCUAGCGUCACUGUUGAUACUACGUUUGAGUUAGAGGAACUGAUGCUUAAGCUUGAACUGGAGAGCUUAAUGAAGGAUGAAGAUAAUGUUUGUGGUGAAGCAGGGAAUAUCAACGAGCAGGAAGUGGAGGCAUCUUCCUCGUUGGAGUUUGCCAAGGCAAGCUUGGCUAAGAUAGAAGAAAAGUUGGUACGGUUGAAUGAGCUGAAGGCACGAUUACUCGAAGUAGUCAACAGAACUUCACAGGGUUCGCGCAGGCGCUCACUUGUCGGGAAAUUAGACGAUCGGAAGCAAACAGCCCUGGAAAGUGGUUAUGGUCUGCCUCUGCAUCAGACUUUAGGCAAGGAAAAUAAAGCUCUUGGUUCCCCAGCUGAUGAUACAUUUUGGAACCGAUUCUUCAAAGAUAAAGAAUUAUUCGUGGCACACCUCGUCAAGAAAGCCAUAUAUUUGUAUUCGGACUAUAACAACACAAUUGGGCCCCAAAACAUUGUGCUCCUAUCAAUCAGGAUUGCUAUGUUCCAACAAGUGUUCUACUGUGAUGACUGCCCUGUAAAGGAGUAUAAUAAUCGCCGGGACGCCCAGACAGAGUUCGUCAAGCGAAUGACCGAGGCCACAACCAAGAUUCUCCCUCACGGCAAAGGGGUUGCGCUGCGCUUCAUCAAUCACGACGCCGAUAACGCCUCCAAUCUAAACUCUGAAGGUAUACAGAAUAUCAUGGAGUCCCUGCCACUUGGGUCCUUGGGGUACACUGCCAUUGUUAAGAAUUUGAGGUCUAAGGUUUUAGAACCUCUAGUGAAUGAAAAGAUUGAAGACCGGAGACUUGACAGGCCGCUGAUCAUAACCAUCACCAUUGGCCGCUAUUUGGAGUUUAGAGCUGAGUCGGAACUUGCUGGCGCUAUAAUAGAAUGUGGUAAAAAGCUACACGACGCUGGGUAUGCCCGCAACUUCGUGGCUAUUGAAGAAGAGACUUUACCAACCUACAAUGCUGAGAAAUACUACCCCGUUCGCCUCGGGGACAUUCUGCACGGUCGAUAUCAGGUCGUUGCCAAGUUGGGAUAUGGUGUCACUUCUACAGUCUGGCUCGGUCGCGACUUAAGUGAUUCUAAGCAUGUCGCUUUGAAAAUUUAUGUCACUGGUGUGGAAAGAAAUCACGAACUUGAUGUUUAUGAUCGCAUAGGUGCUGUUGAAACAGACCAUGCGGGUCAAAAUCUUAUUCGUAAACUAUGGGGGCACUUCUUCCUAGAAGGUCCUCAUGGCCGUCACAUGUGCCUCGUGCAUCAACCACUUGGUCUUAGUGUUAAUCAGUUUUUAUAUUUCUUUCCUGGAAGAGUGAUGAGACUUGACGCCGUGAAGCCCUGCAUGCGACAGGUAUUAGGUAUAGUCGAUUUCCUACAUACUGAAGCGCAGGUCAUACAUACUGAUCUACAAUUAAAGAAUCUACUACUUCCGGGUGACCCAAAGAAUUUCUCGGGUCUUGAGGAUUCAGAGAUUGAGGCACCCUCGCCAAGAAAGUUGCUUAGUUCUGAGCGCACAAUCUACACCAGCCAUAUUGUUGUCCCCGGCAAUGGAUUGCCAUUGCUCAGUGACUUUGGAGAAGCUCGCUUCACCGAAGAAGAACAUGACGAGGAUAUCAUGCCAAAUCUCUACAGGGCCCCCGAAGUGGUGCUAAAGAUGAAUUGGGAUAGCAAGGUUGAUGUGUGGAGCAUUGCCCUGAUGGCCUGGGACAUGGUUUGUACCCGAACACUAUUCGAUGGUAGAAACAGUGAUGGUAUUUUUGAUGAUCAAGUCCAUCUUGCGGAAAUGGUUGCGAUUAUGGGACCACCUCCCACUGACUUCAUUAAGCGAAGCAAAGUAGGCUCGGUAUUUUGGGAUGAGAAUGGCAAAUGGAAGGACCUUGCACCGGUGCCGAAGAUGACACUUGAGGAACGGGCGGCUGAUAUCCAAGGACCUGACAAGGAAGCAUUCUUGAAACUUAUGCGAAGAGCAUUAACAUGGGACCCCAGGGACAGACCAGCCGCAGGAGAAUUGAUAUUUGAUGAGUGGCUUAUGAAGGGAUUGCAGCUUCCGGCUCAUCUGUCGAAGGAAACCUAGUUGUGAUCGAAUUUCUUCUGCUGGAUUAAAUGUAAAGUGUUAAUACUGGCAACUUAUACAUCUUAC